AUGGUGUACGUCCAUUCAGGCCCGGGCUUCGAGGCCCUGCGGGCUCACAUCAACAAAGACCACUUAGCUAGCGAGCACACAGAAGAAUGGCGCAACCUCCAAGAAAUACCCACGGCCUCCGAGAUCUGGUCAGCGGAUUCGUCAAGAGAGACGCACCCUGUGGAGGAGAAGUGGAACGAUUACAUGGGAAAACCUAGCUACGAAAUCGCGCUGCCGCAUAACAUCAUUGAAGGCCCUUGGCCAUCAAAAGUUGCUUAUUUGGGAGCUCAUUAUCAGAUCCUUCGUGAGGACGUAGUCGCCCCGCUCCGGCACUCGGUGACCUCAGUCCAAGAUCGCCCAAAUAUGAUGGACGACGAUGACACUCACAUUUAUACGCAUGUAACUAUUAAGGGCAUGAAGCUCAGCCCCGUAGGCCCAGCGUUCCGUGUCGAGUUCUCCACCGAAAGGGCUGGCAAGCAGAUUAGAUGGGAACAAUCAAAGCGAUUGAUGCAAGGCACUCUUGUUGCCAUAUCUUCACACAAAGACUCGUUCCGUACUUCAUGCAAAGUUGCAGUAAUUGCUGCUCGACCUCUAGUGGGAGGUGUAGACCAGAACCCCCCUCAAGUCGACAUCUUUUGGGGUGAUAAUAAUGAUGCGGUGUUUGAUCCUGAUGAACACUACAUCAUGGUUGAAGCUCGGACAGGUUAUUUCGAAGCUUCACGCCAUAUGCUCAUCGCGAUCCAGAAGUUGAUGACUGAGAGUUUUACACUUGCAAAGCAUAUUGUCGACCUUGAUUCCAACGUUAAUGCGCCGACAUACGUCGAAGACCAUUCGAUCUAUGACCUAUCAUCCCUCCUCCCUCCCGAAAAGGCCAUGGAAAUCAUCGAAGGCGGAAUUACACUAGGAGAUCGUCUCCAAAAUGUGGACAUCCUCGAGGCGUUCCCAAGGAUCCCCGAAUCAGGAAUGGAUCCUUCUCAACUCCUGGCUUUUAAAAGCAUGAUGAAUAAGAAGGUCGCUAUCGUUCAAGGUCCUCCUGGUACAGGCAAGACAUUCGUCUCCGUAUCAGCAUUAAAAGUCAUGCUUGCUAAUCUGCAGCCGGACGAACCUCCUAUAAUUGUCGCCGCUCAGACAAACCAUGCUUUGGAUCAACUACUUAACCAUGUUCUAGACUUUGAACCUAACAUCUUACGACUUGGUGGAAGAUGUGAUAAGGGAAACACAGCAGUCCUUGAACGAACUCUCUACCAGCUGAAGCAUAGUGAUCAUAAGGUUCCUAACAUGUUCCAAGGCUUGAAGGAUGCUCAAAAGUUCGUCGCAUCCAAUGUGGAUGCAAUUGCAGAGAUCCUUGGUCCACUUCUCACCUCCAAGUUGGUUACUGCCGAGAUGCUUCUUGGUGCUGGUGUGAUCCGACAAGAACACUACGAUUCCUUGAACGAUGGUGAUUGGACCGGUGAUGGGGACGUUUCUGACGGACUUGAGGGCUGGCUCCGAGAAGACCAAAUAUAUCCUAUCCUCAGAACCCCACAAAAUGAUUCAAGUCUGCCCCUCGAGGAGGGCGAGGUAGAGCAAGAGGUUGUUUUAGCACUAGACCAGGAAGUUCGUGGUGAGCAAUUUGACCGUGAAGCCGAUAAAGAUGGCUUGACAGGGACCUACGUGCCCUUCACCCGAAGUCAUACAGGUCGCAACACCGGGAUUCUUAACGAUGAUAUCAAGAAACUACUUCGAAAUAGGGAUCUACAGACGGUGCCUCACAGCAAACGCGGAGACAUGUAUUGCUAUUUUUUGAAACAACUCGACAGAAAGAUACGUAAGAAGAUGAAGCUGCAACUCGCACAAUAUAACGACGCUGUAGACAAACUCCGGCUUACGAAGUGGUCUUUAAACGCUCAUUUUAUCCGCCAUAUGAGGAUCAAACUUAUCGGUUGCACAACAACUGGUUUAUCAAAGUAUCGCGGCUUGCUAGCUGCUGUCCAACCAAGAGCCCUUCUGAUUGAAGAAGCUGCGGAAACUAAGGAGGGCACGAUUAUUGCGGGUAUGAUCGAGACUUUGCAACAUUUGAUCCUUGUUGGAGACCACCAGCAGCUACAGGCCAACUGUAAUGUCAAAGCCUUAGAGGAAGCACCGUAUCAUAUGAACAUCUCGAUGUUCGAGCGCCUUGUGAGGCACUCCAUUGAACAUGUUAUGCUUAACGAGCAGCGACGCAUGGUUCCUAACAUUCGACAGCUAUUAACGAUUGAACCGACACCCUUCUAUGAGAACUUGCAGGACCACCGGUCAGUCUUAGAUCGCAAAGUUAACCGACCCCUAAUUCCUGGAAUGGGAGACCGCGAUGUGCACUUCUUUAGUCAUGACUGGCUAGAGUGUCGCAACCAAGACUCGAGCAGAUAUAAUCCGGAUGAGGCCCAAAUGAUCGCUGGUGCAUUUAAGCACCUGAUUCUUAACGGGACUGAAGCUUCUAAUAUUACUGUCUUGACGUUCUAUAAUGGUCAGCGAAAGCGAAUCGUCCAAGAGCUAAAGAACACCCCAGGCCUUAAGCACGUCACGUACUUUAACGUCUUUACAGUGGACUCCUUCCAGGGGGAGGAAAACGAUGUUAUUCUCCUUUCGCUCGUUCGAAGUAAUGACCACCUUAGUAUUGGCUUUCUUGAUAACAAAAACCGGCUUGUUGUGGCACUAUCACGAGCUCGUCGAGGACUUUAUAUAUUUGGUAAUGCCCUCACUUUAACAGCUGCUGAGAGCAAUGAACUUGGUAUUGGUCGAGAUCCCCUUUGGGACCCCUUACUUCAGCAUCUGAAGCGUCAACGCCAAUUCAAGUUUGGUGCCGGAUUUCCUAUCACUUGUGUUAGACAUGGGAAGACAAUAGAGAUUGUAGAACCUCAGGAUUGGGCCAUGAACGCUGGCGGUUGUAAUGCUAAAUGCGGUGCCAUUCUCCCUUGCGGCCACUACUGUCCGUAUACAUGUCAUUCGUUCCCGGAGUCUGAAGUACCAUGCCGAGAGGCUUGUCCCUUGCAGCUUGAAUGCGGUCAUGGUUGCAGUCGGUUUUGUUACGAGGCCUGCACUUGCGAGCAGUGUACUACGCCAAUCAUCCAAACUGAGCUUGAGGCAUGGAAUCUUGCGUCGGAUCGCCCGCAGAACAAUUCCGCAUUUCAACAGCCUCUAGUACUUCUAAACAGCGGUCCCGAAUACCAAGCCAUUAUUCCUGGCAGAAUACAAACAACUCCUCAGCAUCAUCCAGGUGUGAUCGCAUGGAACACGUGGGAUGCAGAUGCGGCAGAUCGCAAAUCCAAUAAAGAGCGUCGUCUGCGCCUGGAGAGCCAGCUAGACACCAACCAAUCUCGAACCACGUCUCGACUCAAUGCGGCUGCUAAAGUCUUCGAGUUAGGCUUCAAGGGAAAGCCCGUCAACGACAAGUUCUCGCCUCUCAUGGAUUCCAAUUCUUCCAAUGGUAUAAAGAGAGACUCUAUGCGUAAAGGAGCUUCCACAAGCCAUGGUGACGCACCCAAUCCGAAGAAUAGCGCUAAGAAGCCAGAGCCAGUCGUCCAAUCAUAUCGCUCAAGCCCGGGUUUCCCCAAUAAACCAAGCAACGCCGUUGUUGGGAAGAAGAAGAACAUUACUUCAAAUCGUCACUCCUCCGAUGAUCGAUCUAGAAUGUCCAUCGUCGACAUGUCGCCCCUGCCCUCCCCCAAACCGUUUUUCCAGGAAGAAAAGACCAGUUCUAUUCGUGUUUCAAAGAGAAAGAAGGCUGAAAAUGGCCAUGCAAAUCGAGUAGAUGAUAGUAUCAUUGCUCCAGUAGCAAACCCUCGCCAAGAACCCCUCUUGAUCGAUUUUGAUGAGCCUUCGGUUGAGAUUGGCAUUAACCAAUCUGUAAUCCCGCCAAGUUGGAGGAUUGGCGGAGCCUGUGAUUGA